AGCAACUCUUUCAAAUUGACGACGGCCUCGCCCAUCAUAACCUACUUGUUUGAUAUCGCUCGUGAACUUGGCGGAGAGGAGGGGCGCUGGCGCGGAUGGUCACACACGGGAAACGUGCAAACAAACAAACAUUGGAAACGACCGUGGGGGGCUUUCGGUGCGUUCUCGGAAGUUGCGAGCGACUCCGGCAAAUGUUAACUUUUCCUGACCAUGUGCGGGUUCGCUCAUCGACGGAGCCUCAGCACUGACUGGAUAUAAGCGGAAGACACCGGUGACCUGCUGCUGCUUCGGACGGCUUGUUUUACGGCAUCAGUAAUCUCUUCGGGCCGGGGUUAAACUGCGGCUGCGAGGCUGGCUUGGGCCGGCGGGGUCACGAUGAUGGAAGCGCCAUUGGCGCCGCAACAGCGUGCCCCGCUCGGAAUGCAUCCAGGAGGCUUAGGCAUGGCUCCCUUCGGCAUCGAGCCCAUCGCUGCCGACCCUGAGCCGUCCAUCGUUAAGGAAGGCUGGCUCAACAAGCGAGGGGAACACAUCAAGAACUGGCGGAAACGCUACUUUGUGCUGCGCGAGGACGGCACGCUGAUUGGGUUCAAGCUUAAGCCUGAGCAUAGCCACGCCGACCCUCUGAACAACUUUACUGUAAAAGGCUGCCAGCUGAUGAAGUCCGAGCGGCCAAAGCCAUUCACCUUCAUCAUUCGUGGCCUGCAGUGGACGACGGUCAUUGAACGCAUGUUCUGCGUUGACUCUGAAGAUGACCGGGAGGGUUGGUGCCAGGCCAUCCAGCAGGUGUCUGAGAAGUUGGCGAGUGAGGAGGACGUCGAGAUGGCAGAGCCCAAGGACGAGCAGUCGCUGCGCGACAAGUUCAGCAUCUCGACGCGCACGUACGCGACGGGCAACCGCCUCAGCCUGGACAACUUUGAGUUCCUCAAGGUGCUCGGCAAGGGCACCUUUGGCAAGGUGGUGCUGUGUCGCGAGAAGUCCACGGAGUCCCUGUACGCGAUCAAGAUCCUCAAGAAGAAGGUGGUCAUAGACAAGGAUGAGGUGGCCCACACACUGACUGAGAACAGGGUGCUGCGCAGCACAAAGCACCCGUUCCUCAUCUCGCUGCGCUACUCCUUCCAGACGGCCGACCGGCUCUGCUUCGUCAUGGAGUACGUCAAUGGCGGCGAGCUCUUCUUCCACUUGUCACGCGACCGCGUCUUCACGGAGGAGCGCACCCGCUUCUACUCGGCCGAGAUACUGCUCGCCCUCGAGUAUCUGCACAGCCAGGGCAUUAUCUACCGGGACCUGAAGCUGGAGAACCUUCUGCUGGACAGGGAGGGCCACGUCAAGAUUGCAGACUUUGGCCUCUGCAAGGAGGACAUCUCUUUCGGGUCCACGACAAAGACCUUCUGCGGCACGCCCGAGUACCUUGCACCCGAAGUGCUGGAGGACACCGACUACGGCCGGGCCGUUGACUGGUGGGGGCUGGGCGUGGUCAUGUACGAGAUGAUGUGUGGCCGCUUGCCCUUCUACAGCCGAGACCACGACGUACUGUUUGAACUGAUCCUCGUCGAGGAAGUCAAGUACCCCAAGAGCAUGAGUCCCGAGGCGAGGCACCUGCUCUCGGGCCUGCUCGUCAAGAACCCGAGGCACCGGCUGGGUGGCUCGGUCAACGACGCUGCCGACAUCAAGGUGCACCCCUUCUUCCGAUCCGUCAAUUGGGACGAUGUGGCCCAGAAGAAGGUGACACCGCCCUUCAAGCCGCUGGUGACUUCCGACACGGACACACGCUACUUCGACCAAGAGUUCACGGGCGAGACCGUCGAACUGACACCGCCCGAAGAAGGCCCCCUCAACUCCAUAUCUGAGGAGUUUGAGCAGCCGUACUUCCAACAGUUCUCCUACCACGGCAGCACGGGCGCCCUGUGCGGUGGGGGUCGCGGCUACUCGGCCAGUGACCGCAAGGCCAUCCUCUCCUGAGCGGAGGCCCCUCGUUGGAACUUGGUGAACAGUGCAGGGCACAGCUGAGGCACAACGCGUCAUUUAAGACUGCUCGGUGCACAUGCGUCAUCGGCCACAGUGAAAGAAAUGGAACACAUGAGCCACUGAAGGAUGAAGUGUGUCGUCUAUCGAAGGUUACCCCUCCCCCCCUCUCUGUCAUCUGCAAAGGUUACCCCCUCUUAAUCCCUCCUGUGUUGUUUAUGAUAGUUACCAUAUUAUGAAUGAUUUUACGAUUGCAGAAACAAUUGAAUGCCGGGCAUGUUGCCUCUGUGUGUAGUAUUACGUCCUUUUUGCAUGUUUCAGAAGUGCUUGUGCAAAAAACACUAAUGUCUCAGAGGGAAAGACACUCCGAAAUAUUUAUUGCCUUCACCGUCUACAUUCAACUCUCAAAGGGUGCAACGAAUCAUGACACAUGGAACACAAUUCUUCUUCGGGCUUUGCUACAAUGCCGUCUUCCGAGCUUGUGUUUAAAAAAAAAAAACUGAGCAGCACUUGUUGACAUUGGUCUGUUACGUGCUAUACUAAGGUAACAGCGACAACACAAAUUUGAUGGGACAUCACGAAGGUGUAGUGUUUUCAAUAACGACGUUCACGAUGCAUGACUGCGGGUAAGAUGUCCCUCGUUCAUUGUGUCGAUAACUUUUAUCUAAAAAUGUCCUUCAGAGAUUUCUGGCCUCUUGUUUUUUUGAUGUUGUUAAGUGGAUACUUUCAGAAUACGCAAGACAUUUCACCUGCCUAUUCAGGUGUCAAUGUGUGUCUGCAAAUGCUUUUGUCUGAAAUCACAAAGUCCAAUUUUCAAAUCACAACUUGGCAUCUAUGCACCACAGUUUUAGUAAUAGUCUUGCCCUGAAAGGCUUUCUCGUGGCUUAAAAUUGUGUUGGCUUGGCUACAUGUAGCACUUGAUUCUUAAGUUCUAGACACAAUUCUAGAACUUUGUGGAACCCUUAAAUUCAAAUAAUUGUGGUCAUUGAGGGUUCACUCUGAAGAGAGAAAUAAUGGAAGUUAAUUUUUGUAUAUAAAAAUCUAACCUGUAGGGUUUUAAGGAGCAAUCCAUAUUACACACUGCAAGGUGAUGACGUGCCUUUGACGCUUGCAGUGCUGUUUUUCUAUAUUUGUGGGUGUUCUUCAGCAAGUUCACACCCGCACACUGCGGCCGCAUAACGUUCUUGAUAAUGAUAGCUUGAUUCUUGACAGACGAAAGAAGUACAUACUGUUGCAAAACUUGGAACAAUAUGCAAAACUUGGAAGUGCUUUUGUCCAAGCACCUCUCUCUACCUAAUGAAGUUCUAGGCCCUAGAACUAUAAUCAUUAUUAAGAUAUCAACAUGACAGGCUGGUGAUAUUAUGUAAAGCCAAUCCCAGCACUGCCAAAGCUUCCAAACUUGCUUUUCAGCAUUAGCAGUGGUAAGAAAUGCAAUGAGGCCAUCUUGUUGAAGGCAAGUUGGGUAUGUGCGGAGAGGAAAGGGGGUUGUUAAUAGAACUUUGCCUGUCUGGUUGCAGCCGUAUUGGAGGUUUUGGCUUGUAAGAGAAGUUUAGAAAUAGCAAUGCAAGUAGUUGGCUUGUGUGAAGGAACGAUGGCGUAAGUAUGAAAAAAGAAAAAACAGCAGCAUCACUCGUGCACAGAACCUAAAAAUUUUUUGUGCAAAGGAACAAUGAAGGUGCACUAACAUUGGGUCAGCUAUCACUAAAUCUACGCUGAGAUUCUGUGCAAGCCAUGCUGUGAGGCCUUGGUGGGGCAUGGUUUCAUUGGAACCCCUGGUUUUUGAAGGGGUGGGAGAGGGCAAGAGAUGCGCUGCAGUUGGGUGCCGUGUUUUUCCUCAGCUGUAUUGUAGUAGUAAAUCCUGUGCCACGGAUGCACUCGCAUUUCUGCCCAACCAGUUGGUGCACCGUACGCAGUGGAACCAACCGAGUUGUCCUUCCGCUCGACACCCAAGAUGAACGGAAUGCAACGUGUACAUAAUGUAAGGCCUGAGGUGGGGCUAAUAAAAUGCUUCACAGAGAA